AUGAUAGGAGAAGUUAAAACACAACAUGUUUUAAUUAACAAUUGUCUUUGUCAAAUAGCCAAUGAGUCCAAGCUUGAGAGAACACUUCUCAUUGUUGGGAAAACAGGAGAUGGAAAAAGCAGCACAGGGAAUCUGAUUCUCAAAAACCCAACAUUCCCAACUGAAUCUUCACCCAAUUCAAAAACAAAACAUAAGAAUGUGGGAUGUGGUGUAGUUGGUAAUAGAAACAUCACAGUGAUUGACACACCUGGAAUAUUUGACACAAGUCAGGAUGAGGAACAAAUCAGAAAACAAUUUAUUCAGUGCCUGGUUGAAUGCCCUCCUCGGCCACUUGUCCUCAUCAUUGUUCUGAAAGUUGGAAGAUACACAGAGCAAGAAAGUAAAGUUCUGACAAAAAUUCAGGAAUAUUCAGGAAAUGAUAAAGUGAAGCAUUCACUGGUUUUAUUCACCCACGGUGAAGAUCUAAAUGGUCAAACUAUUGAGGAAUUUGUAAGAAAAAGUCCUGAACUACAGGAGCUUGUAGAUAAAUGUGGAGGUCACUGUCACGUCAUUGACAAUAAACACUGGAAUGAUUGUAAAAGAGGAUACAGGAGCAACAGAGUUCAGGUGAGAAACCUGCUGGAAACCAUUGACGAGAUGGUGAUGGAGGACAGCUACUACACAAAUGAGCUACAACAGAAAAUUCAAGAAGAAAUUCAAGAGGGCGUUAAUUCAACUGAUCCUGAUUUGCCUCAAGAAGAAAGACAAGAAAAAGCAAAGAAAACAGUUUUUAAAAGACUUCUUAUAAGGUUUGCGGGAGUAACAACAGGCACACUGAUUGGUGCUCUAAUGGGCAUCGCUGUUCCAGUGGCAUCCCUUGUGGCUUUAGUUAAAGGAAUGAAAAACACAUUCACAACUGCCAAAAAAGCACAAGCAGAUGAAACAACAUCAACAUCUAAAAUGACAGGAGAGAUGGAUGAACCACAUUCUGAGGAGAAACACAAGGAAUUAGCAGCAGUGUUGGGAGCAACAGCAGUAGCUGCAAUUAUAGCUUCUGCAGCAAUAGAGACAGCAGCAGUGGACGCAGGAGCAAUUGGGGCAGUAGCAGCAGUGGAAGCAGGCAUUGCUGCAGGAGCAACAGCAGGAGCAGUAGGGGCAGCAGCAGUGGAAGCAGGGGUUGCUGCAGGAGCAGUAGGGGCAGCAGCAGUGGAAGCAGGGGUUGCUGCAGGAGCAGUAGGGGCAGCAGCAGUGGAAGCAGGGGUUGCUGCAGGAGCAGUAGGGGCAGCAGCAGCAGUGGAAGCAGGGGUUGCUGCAGGAGCAGUAGGGGCAGCAGCAGCAGUGGAAGCAGGGGUUGCUGCAGGAGCAGUAGGGGCAGCAGCAGCAGUGGAAGCAGGGGUUGCUGCAGGAGCAACAGCAGGAGCAGCGGCCGGAGCUACAGCAGCAGCUGGAGGAGCAGUAGCAGUGGAAGCAGGGGUUGCUGGGGCAAGCAUUGGAGCAGCCGCUGGUUCAGGCAUUGCUGUAGGUGUUGUUUUUGGUGCUGCAGCUCUUGCUGGAGCGAUUGGUGGAGCCGUCACUGGAUACAGAACAGCAGAAGAAGCUGAUUCAGUGCUUGAUGCCAUUAGGUUUGCAGCCAAAGCUAACUAUGAGAAUGCGAGAGGGGUUGUUAAAAAAGCAGAAGAUCUGCCUACCAAAGUUUAUAAACGUUUUUAG